AUAGGAACCGAAGGCAAAAUCCGUCUUCGUCUUUAAAAGGCGCCUCUUUUACAUCAAUCUCACUUCCCAAAACAAAGGAAGAAUCGAAAUCGAACUCUCGAAGUCGAUCUCAAAUCAAUCCAUCAACUCCUUCUCCAAAUCCGGUAAUCAAACCCUAACCAAGUCUCAGUCUUCCUAGCUUUUAGUUCUAUUUACGGUAAUUUCUCACUAGAAUCUCCAUUCUAGGGUUUCCAGAUCUAAUGGCCAUUUAAGAGAAAUUCGUGUUAUUAUCCUUGAUUUCGUACAAAGAUGGGAAAAGGAGGGCAAGAUCAAGCGAAAAGAGCCGAUCUAACCCCUCCUAAAUCAAAUUUCCCCGCUUGGUCCAAAACAAUCCCUGAAUGCGAGUCUCAUUUCAAAGUCUCUGCCGAUCGAGGCCUCUCGACCGCCGAAGCUUCGGAUAGGCUCAAGAUCUACGGUCCCAAUGAGCUCGAGAAGCACUCGGGGCCGUCGAUCUUUCAGCUAAUCCUCGAGCAGUUUAAUGACACUCUUGUGAGAAUCCUUUUGGUCGCCGCUGUGGUUUCUUUUGUGCUCGCUUGGUAUGAUGGAGAUGAAGGAGGAGAAAUGGGGAUUACUGCAUUUGUGGAGCCUUUGGUUAUUUUCUUGAUUCUUAUUGUGAAUGCUGUUGUUGGGGUUUGGCAAGAGAACAAUGCGGAGAAAGCAUUGGAGGCUUUGAAAGAGAUUCAAUCGGAGCAUGCUAUGGUGAAAAGAGAUGGGGUUUUUACCCCUAAUUUGCCCGCGAGGGAGCUUGUUCCGGGGGAUAUUGUGGAGCUGAGAGUUGGGGAUAAGGUGCCAGCUGAUAUGAGGGUUUUGUAUUUGAUAAGCUCGACAUUGAGAGUGGAACAAGGGUCUUUGACUGGAGAGAGUGCGGCUGUGAAUAAAACUAAUAAGAGGGUUGAGUUGGAGACGACUGUUGUCAAUGGGAGCUGUGUUUGUAUGGUUGUGCAAACUGGUAUGAAUACUGAAAUUGGUAAGAUUCACUCACAAAUCCAUGAGGCUUCACAAGAGGAUGAUGAUACUCCGUUGAAGAAGAAGCUGAAUGAGUUUGGAGAGACUUUGACGGCUAUAAUUGGUGUGAUUUGUGCUUUGGUUUGGCUUAUUAAUGUGAAGUAUUUCUUGAGUUGGGACUACGUUGAUGGGUGGCCAAGGAAUUUUAGGUUUUCGUUCGAGAAAUGUACAUAUUACUUUGAGAUUGCGGUGGCUUUGGCUGUCGCUGCAAUCCCUGAGGGGUUGCCUGCUGUGAUUACGACUUGCUUGGCACUCGGAACGAGGAAGAUGGCACAGAAGAAUGCAUUGGUGAGGAAGUUGCCAAGUGUUGAGACUUUGGGAUGUACUACAGUGAUUUGCUCUGAUAAGACGGGUACAUUGACAACAAAUCAAAUGUCAGCAGUGAAGCUCUUGGCAAUGGGGCGGUGGACAGAUAGUCUUCGAAGCUUUAAAGUAGAUGGGACUACAUAUGAUCCUUGUGAUGGGAAGAUUCAUGACUGGCCAGGCAGUAACAUGGAUGCUAAUCUUCAAAUGAUUGCAAAGAUUGCUGCUGUUUGCAAUGAUGCCAGUAUUGCUCAUUCUGGGCAUCAGUAUGUUGCCAGUGGGAUGCCAACAGAGGCAGCUUUGAAGGUCCUUGUUGAGAAAAUGGGACUGCCAGCAGGAUGUAGUCCUUCACUGCUGGAAUCUGAUGGAUUAUUACGAUGCUGUCAAUGGUGGAAAGGGACUGCCCAAAGGAUUGCAACUCUUGAGUUCGAUCGGACUCGAAAGUCAAUGGGAGUUAUUGUGAAAUCAAAAUCAGGAAGCAAUUCCUUACUUGUAAAGGGUGCUGUGGAGAGUUUAUUAGAGAGAAGUGCCUAUGUUCAAUUGCUUGAUGGUUCUGUUGUGCUAUUAGAUGAUAAUUCAAAACAUCUUAUUUUACAAGCUCUACAUGAGAUGUCCACAAAUGCUUUACGCUGUUUGGGUUUUGCGUAUAAGGAUGAUCUGGCAGAAUUCUCAACUUACGAUGGCGAAGAUCAUCCAGCUCACAAGCUUUUACUUGAUCCCUCUAAUUAUUCAUCAAUUGAAAGUGACCUCAUUUUUGUUGGCAUGGUUGGCCUUCGGGAUCCUCCAAGACAAGAGGUUCACAAGGCGAUUGAGGACUGUCGAGCAGCUGGAAUUCGAGUUAUGGUAAUAACUGGUGAUAAUAAAGAAACAGCAGAAGCUAUUUGUCGUGAAAUAGGUGUAUUCAGACCUGAAGAGGAUAUUAGCAUGAGGAGCCUUACUGGCAAAGAAUUUAUGUUUCACCUUGAUAAAAAGAGUCUUUUGAGGCAAAAAGGCGGACUUCUCUUUUCCAGGGCUGAGCCCAAGCAUAAACAAGAGAUAGUGAGGUUGCUAAAAGAAGAUGGUGAAGUGGUUGCAAUGACAGGGGAUGGGGUGAAUGAUGCCCCUGCUCUGAAAAUGGCAGAUAUCGGUAUUGCAAUGGGUAUUGCAGGGACUGAGGUUGCUAAGGAAGCCUCAGAUAUGGUCUUAGCAGAUGAUAAUUUCAGCACAAUAGUUGCAGCAGUUGGUGAAGGAAGAUCCAUUUACAACAAUAUGAAGGCUUUCAUACGGUACAUGAUCUCUUCAAAUAUUGGUGAAGUUGCUUCCAUAUUUUUAACAGCAGCGUUAGGCAUUCCUGAAGGAUUGAUACCAGUCCAACUUUUGUGGGUUAAUCUUGUAACUGAUGGACCUCCUGCUACGGCUCUGGGAUUUAAUCCUCCAGAUAGAGACAUUAUGAAGAAACCUCCACGCAGGAGUGACGACUCUUUGAUCUGUGCAUGGAUCUUAUUUCGUUAUCUGGUAAUUGGAUUAUACGUGGGAAUCGCUACUGUAGGUGUCUUUAUCAUGUGGUACACCCACGGCUCCUUCUUAGGCAUAGACUUGAGUGGCGACGACCACACUCUCAUCGGCUACUCCCAGCUUUCUAACUGGGACCAAUGCUCAACAUGGAAGGACUUCAAUGUUAGGAUAUGUGAAGCCUAA